CACUGAUAUGCAAAUGUUUGAUCUGGUUCCAGAAAGAAAUACAAGCUAUGAGUGCAUGCCACCAUGAAAAUGUGGUUAGUUACCACACCUCUUUUGUUGUAAAGGAAGAACUGUGGCUGGUGAUCAAACUUUUAGCUGGUGGAUCACUUUUGGAUAUUAUCAAACAUAAGAUGAAGACUGAAGACUGCAAACAUGGAGUAUUUGAUGAAUCUACCAUAGCAACUGUUUUAAAGGAAGUUCUGAAAGGAUUAGAGUAUUUUCACAACAAUGGUCAGAUUCACAGGUGGGUUUAAAAAGUUCUGUAAGGGAUAAAGUACUUCAACAACAAUGGCCAGAUUCAUAGGUGUGUUUUAAAGAAAGUUCUGUAAGGGAUAAAGUACUUCAACAACAAUGGCCAGAUUCAUAGGUGUGUUUUAAAGAAAGUUCUGUAAGGGAUAAAGUACUUCAACAA